AUGAGUUUCAGUAAAGGAAAAAGAGCGAUCGAAGAGCCAGCUCCGUCAGAAAACCCACCAGCACAAGACAGUGGAAACCAAAGGGAUGAUCCAUCCUAUCCCCCAGGGUUCACUCCACCACAUGCCCAAACCGCUCAAAGGGUCCACCCUCAAGUGAUGCCAUCCGUUUAUUACAAUGCACCACUCCCGCUAGGCCAUCAACCGACUCAUGGGCAAUUUGGGCCAUAUUCUGGGAUAAAUCCUGCUGAACCAAUACAUGUCUCAGAUUUAGACGAUCCAAAAGAGCAAGAAAAACUAAGAAAGGACUCGUCACAAACAGGAGAAAAUGAAAAAGACCAGAAAAAGUAUGAUCUGUUGGAAGAACGUCUUCGUGCUAUCGAAGGAGUUGAUAGGUUUGGUACCAUGGACGCAACCGAGCUAUGCUUAGUGCCGGAUGUAUUGAUUCCUGCCAAGUUCAAGGUUUUGAAAUUUAAAAAAUAUGACGGAACAAAAUGUCCCAUGGCACAUAUUACGAUGUAUUAUCGAAAGAUGGCUGCACAGUCUCACGAUGAUAAGUUACUGAUCCGUUUUUUCCAAGACAGCUUGACUGGGUCAGCUGCUCGGUGGUACGUACAGCUAGAUCGAAAUCGUAUUAAGACUUGAAAAGACUUAGCAAGAGCCUUCAUAGCCCAAUACAAGCAUGUGGCUGAAUUAGCUCCUGAUCGGUUGUCAUUGCAGACUAUAGAAAAGAAGCAAAGCGAGAACUUCAAGGAAUAUGCCCAAAGGUGGAGAGAUACAGCAGCGCAAGUACAACCACCUCUCACUGAUAAAGAGAUGACUGUGUUGUUCAUAAACACACUCCGAGCUCCAUUCUAUGAGCGCUUGAUCGGGCAUGAAAUUACCAGCUCAAAGAAAGGGAAUACGCCCAGGAAAAAAGAAGGGGACGUGCAAGCAGUCGCUCACGACAACCAACAAGCCCAUAACUUUAACCCAUAUUACCCGUACCCCCCAUACCAACCCUUCUAUCCGAACAUAGGCAACAUCACACAAAACCCAUAUGUGUACCAACCUGCCCCGCAACCAACCUUUCAGACCAAUGUUCUUCCACAAACUCCACCACCAAGACCGGUAGCUUCAACCAAUAAUCCUGGACAUGGUCAAAGAGGACCUAAAACUACCCUAGAAAGACCAAAGUUUGAUCCUAUUUCAGUCCCUUACGCUACAUUGCUGCCACAACUCAUAAAAAAUCGACUCCUUGCUCGAACCCCUUUAGAACCACUCCGACCACCUUUCCCGAAAUGUUCAAGUGUUGAUGGGAAUCCUUUACCUAAUCAUGGAAGACCGACUGUGAAUGCCAUACAUGAAAGGAUGAUUCGAAGAGUGAAAAAGAGUAUUGAUGAGAUUCAAACGCCAAUGGAUAAAGUGUUUGAGGCAUUGUCCAAGAUAAAUGCCAUCACUCUAGAACCCAUUGACACAAAGGAAUUGGGGCAUGAUCUCGCUUAUUCUUGUAAAUUUCAUAUGGGGGCAAUUGAGCAUUCCAUUCAAAAUUGCGAUAGCUUUCAUCGUAAGUUGCAAGAAUUGAUGGAUUCAUCGGUAAUUGAGUUUUAUGAAGAAGUCGAAGAGAAUUUGGUCGGAACCAUAAAUGGAGACACCCCAGCUGAAGUGGCAUCAAGUUCAUUCGGGGCGAACAAACCUAAACCUCUCACCAUCUUCUAUGAAGAAAACAGGAGCCCGAUGAAUGAUACAACCCCUACUAUGUUUAGAAGUGGUAUUACCAUCGAAGUCCCCAACCCGUUCCCUUACAAGAGCGAUAAGGCUGUCCCAUGGAAUUAUGAGUGUAAUAUUUUGGGCACAGCUUCAUCCGCCCCCCAAGCAUCUUUUGAAGAUCUAACUGGAGUAGGGGGUAUAAUGCGAAGUGGGCGAUGUUAUUCCCCUAAGAUAGUAGAAAAAGUGGAAAAAGGGAAACUUGCACAGGGAGAGGGAGGCCUGAAGAAAGCAGAUACCUUUUCCAAGGACCAAGUUGUCGAAUCUGUAGUUGCUCCGAACGAUGAGGUCAAAAAUCCUGUUAUCGAGAAAGAAACGGGUGAAUUUUUCAAGUUUAUCAAACACAGUGAAUACAGCGUGGUAGAACAAUUAACCAAGAUGCCUGCUCGCAUCUCGCUGUUGUCCUUACUAUUGAAUUCGAAAGCACACAGGAACGCACUGCUCAAAGUCUUGAACCAAGCUUAUGUGGCACAAGAUAUAUUAGUGGAAAAGCUAAACCACAUUGUGGGAAACAUUACAGUGGGGAACUUCAUUGCCUUUAAUGAUGAAGAAAUCCCAUCGGGUGGUCGAGGAAGUAACAAAGCUCUGCACAUUACCAUCAAAUGCAAGGACCAUGUCGUACCUAGGGUCUUGGUUGACAAUGGUUCAGCAUUAACUGUCAUGCCUCGCUCUACUUUAAUCAAGUUGCCAAUAGAUGCGUCUUAUAUGAGAACCAGUCGCAUGGUUGUGAGGGCCUUCGACGGGACCACAAGGGAGGUGGUAGGGGACAUUGAACUACCGAUAAAAAUUAGCCCUUGCAUUUUUGAGGUCCAAUUUCAAGUCAUGGACAUUGCCCCGUCAUACAAUUGCUUGUUAGGGCGUCCAUGGAUUCAUAUGGCGGGAGCCAUACCAUCUUCCCUUCAUCAAAAAGUUAAAUUCAUAGCUGAGGGCCAACUGAUAAGUGUAUCUGCGGAGGAAGACAUACUGGCUAUUCAACCAUCAUCUGCUCCCUAUGUAGAGGCGACAGAAGAAGUCCCAGAAUGCUUCUUUAGAUCUUUUGAAUUUGUUAAUGCUACUUAUGUGGGGGAAAGAGAAGUGAUAUCGACUCCUCGUUUGUCAGUAGCAACUAAAAUGGGGGUUAAGCAGACAGUGGGUAAAGGAUGUCGUGCCGGUUUGGGGUUAGGAAAGAAUUUACAAGGAAUUAACCAUCCUCUGACUCCAAUAAAGAAUGAAGAAAGAUUUGGUUUGGGAUACAAGCCUACCAAAGAAGAAAGAAGGAAACUGACAGCUCGAAAGAAGAUUAAAAGGAUGGCUCAACUUGAGGGAAAGGAAGAAGAAUUUGAGGAACGGACAAUCCCACACUUAUAUGAGACUUUCCACUCUGCAGGUUUUAUUCAUCUCGAAGCACCAACAAAGGUCAAUCAGGUUCUACGGAUAUUUGAUGAGCUAUCAAUCUAUAUGAUCAGAGAUGAAGAACCUAAUGAGAAGAUCCCUAUGGUGUAUCCAGUACUGCUAGGAGAGGAGCUAAGCAAUUGGACAGCCACGAAACUGCCCAUCAUCUUUAAGUCUUCCGAAAUGUCUUUAAAUAAUGAACACGAAGACAAUCUAGACAACGAUUUGAAUAUCGAUUUUGAGAUGAUUCCGAACAUUGAUGAAUUGAAAAAUGAAAGGGAGGUGGAUGACUAUAGCUUACCCCCUUAUUUGUCGAGAAUGUUGGAACAGGAAAAAAAAGAGAUUUUACCUCAUCAGGAACUCACAGAAAUGAUUAACCUCGGAAAUGGGGAAGAGAAGAAAGAGGUUAAGAUUGGCACCUCGCUGUCAUCUGACGAACGGCAAAAGCUAGAAGAAUUACUCCGUGAAUAUGUGGACGUGUUUGCUUGGUCAUAUCAGGACAUGUCAGGUCUAAAUACUGAUGUUCACAAGUUACCUUUGGAACCAGAUUGCAAGCCUAUUAAACAGAAGUUGAGAAGGAUGAAGCCAGAAAUGUUGCUGAAGAUUAAAGAGGAAGUAAAAAAGCAAUUCGAUGUUGGAUUUUUAGAGGUGGCUAAGUACCCUGAAUGGGUGGCUAAUAUAGUUCCAGUUCCUAAGAAGGAUGGAAAAGUUCGAAUGUGCGUCGAUUAUAGGGAUUUGAACAGAGCGAGUCCGAAGGAUAGCUUCCCUUUGCCACAUAUUGAUACUCUUGUGGACAACACAGCAAAACAUGCUUUGUUCUCAUUCAUGGAUGGCUUUUCUGGUUACAAUCAGAUUAAGAUGGCACCCGAAGAUAUGGAAAAAACAACGUUCGUGACCAUGUGGGGAACGUUUUGUUACAAAGUAAUGCCAUUUGGAUUGAAGAAUGCAGGCGCCACUUACCAAAGGGCAAUGGUAGCUUUGUUCCACGAUAUGAUGCAUAAAAAGAUAGAGGUAUAUGUGGAUGACAUGAUUGCAAAAGCUCAUACAGAAAGGGAUCAUAAUGUCAAUCUCAAGAAACUGUUCGAGAGAUUGCGAAAAUUUCAGCUCAAGUUGAAUCCUGCAAAAUGCACUUUCGGUGUAACCUCUGGGAAAUUGUUGGGGUUCAUAGUAAGUGAAAAAGGAAUUGAAGUAGACCCGGAUAAAAUACGAGCUAUUCAAGAGCUACCACCUCUCAACACGCAAAAAGAAGUGAGAGGAUUUUUAGGGAGGUUGAAUUACAUUGCUUGAUUUAUAUCCCAGCUCACCUAUAAAUGCGAUCCAAUCUUCAAGCUGCUUCGAAAACGAGACUCAGGAGAGUGGAAUGAAGAAUGUCAAAUAGCCUUUGAUAAAAUCAAAGAAUAUCUCACAAAUCCACCGGUGUUGGUGCCACCGACGGUCGAAAAACCUCUUAUUUUGUAUUUGACUGUGAACAAGAAUUCUAUGGGAUGCGUAUUGGGACAACAUGACGAAACUGGGAAGAAAGAACAGGGCAUAUAUUAAUUGAGCAAGAAAUUCAUAGAGUAUGAGUCCAAAUAUUCUGCGCUCGAAAAGAUGUGUUGUGCGCUAGCAUGGACCGCCAAGAGACUCCGACAGUAUAUGUUGUAUCACACAACAUGGUUGGUGGCGAAAUUAGAUCCCAUCAAGUAUAUUUUUGAAAAACCCUGCCUGUCCGGAAGAAUAGCUCGAUGGCAAGUGCUAUUGUCUAAGUAUGACAUUGUGUAUGUGUCCCAAAAAUCAAUCAAAGGGAGCGCCAUCGCUGAUUUCCUUGCAGAUCGAGCUAAUAAGGAUUAUGAAUCUGUAAGUUUCAAUUUUCCAGAUGAAGAUUUGAAGGCCGUCUUGCACAUAGAAAAUAAUGGUCCCAAUGAACUUAAUCUAUGGAAGAUGUAUUUUGAUGGAGCAUCCAAUGCUUUGGGGCACGAAAUUGGGGCAGUAUUGAUUUCUCCAAAUGGAAAGUACUAUCCAACCACGGCGAGAUUGAAUUUCAAUUGUACUAACAAUAUGGCGCAGUAUGAGGCGUUGGUAAUGGGAUUACAAGUAGCAAUUGAGAUGAAGGCUGACGCAAUAGAUGUUUACGGAGAUUCGGCUUUAGUGAUAUGUCAAAUGAGAGGCGAAUGGGAAACUAGAGAUUCUAAACUAGUUCCAUAUAAAAAGUUGGUUACAGAAUUAAGCAAACAGUUCAAAGAAAUCAGCUUCAACCAUUUGCCUCGAGAAGAGAAUCAGAUUGCUGAUGCUUUGGCCACCCUCGCAGCGAUGUUCAAAAUAAAAGAGGCGGCUGAUGUACGCCCUUUUGAUUUAAAAGUCCGUGAAGUCUCCGCACACUACUUCAAUGUUGAAGAAGAAGUUGAUGGUAAGCCGUGGUAUCAUGAUAUCAUGCAAUACAUCAAGCACCAGGCAUAUCCUGAGAAUGUCACGGACAAUGACAAGCGAACUCUUAGGAGAUUAGCAAUGGGUUUCUUCCUUAGUGGAGAAGUGCUCUACAAAAGGAGUCGAGAUCAAGUACUCUUGAGAUGUGUGGAUGUUGCUGAAGCCAACAAAAUAAUGAAAGAAAUCCACGAAGGAACUUGUGGAGCUCAUGCUAAUGGACAUAUGUUGGCUAGACAAAUUAUGAGAGCUGAUUACUAUUGGUUGACAUUGGAAUCAGACUGCAUAAACUUUGCGAAAUGCCACAAGUGUCAAGUAUACGCUGAUAGAAUCCAUGCUCCACCAGCCCCAUUGCACGUUUUCACGACACCUUGGCCAUUUUCAAUGUGGGGAAUGGAUGUGAUUGGACUUAUUACGCCAAAAGCCUCUAAUGGACAUCGAUUCAUGUUGGUGGCCAUUGAUUAUUUCACGAAAUGGGUAGAAGCAGCUUUCUAUGCUAAUGUGACACAAAAGGUGGUGUGCAAGUUCAUCCAAAAGGAGAUCAUAUGUCGGUAUGGGCUGCCGGAAAGGAUCAUUACUGAUAAUGCAAGCAAUUUGAAUUGUGCGAUGGUGAAAGAGGUUUGCACUAAAUUCAAGAUCAAACAUCAUAAUUCAACAACUUACCGUCCGAAGAUGAAUGGAGCGGUAGAGGCAGCCAACAAAAAUAUCAAAAAGAUUAUCGAAAAGACGACUGAAGUUUAUAAAGACUGGCAUGAGAAACUUCCUUUUGCCUUGCAUGCAUAUCGAACUUCUGUGCGUACCUCCACCGGGGCAACUCCGUACUCAUUAGUAUACAAUACAGAAGCAGUUCUACCUGUUGAAGUAGAAAUUCCAUCAUUGAGGGUGUUGAUACAAACAGAAUUGGAAGAUGCUGAAUGGGUCCGCUCUCGCUACGAGCAAUUGAAUCUGAUUGAGGAGAAACGGCUUGCGGCUCUUUGUCAUGGCCAGAUGUACCAACGAAGGAUGAUGCGAGCAUACGAGAAAAAAGUUCAUCCCAAGCAAUUCCGAGAAAGAGAGUUGGUUCUUAAGAGAAUACUCCCUAAUCAAACUGAUUUUCGGGGAAAGUGGAUGCCGAAUUGGGAAGGGCCAUACGUGAUAAAGAAGGCUUUUUCAGGAGGAGCUUUGAUUUUGGCUGACAUGGAUGGGGGAGAUAUGCUUAAUCCGAUAAAUGCGGAUGCGGUGAAGAAGUAUUAUGCUUAA